UCCUCGGUAAAGAAGAAGAAUCCCCAAUUAUUUUAUCUGCACGUGUGUAUUAAAUUAUUGUAGUUUUGUUUCGAUUCAAACAUAUUCUUAAUUUCGAUGCCUCCUAUACGUAAAAAUAAGUCAAAAAAUUCCGGCAGACCAAUGCCGAAACAAUCUUCGGAGUCACAAGUGGUGGUUUCCGGACAAUUAGACAAGAAACUAAAAAAACAGCAAGAGAAGAAUGAUAAUAAACGCGGAAUUGUAUUCAUUAAACAUUUACCACAUGGGUUUUUCGAAGAGCAAUUGAAGAACUACUUUGAGCAGUUCGGCGCAGUCACACGCUUGCGGCUAGGACGUUCGCGUCGUACUGGAGGCAGCAAAGGAUACGCCUUUGUAGAAUUUGCAUAUCCAGAAGUGGCGGAGGUGGCUGCAGAGACCAUGGAUAAUUAUCUUAUGUUUAAGAAAGUUGUUAAAGCCGCUUAUAUACCUCCAGAAAAACAAUUAUACAAUUACUUCAAAACUUCGGUGCGCAAAGUUAAAAACAAGGCUGGCAGAGAUAUAUAUGUUUCCCAUAAAACAGCAGCUAUACAUCGCAAGGUAAAGCAAAUGAAUAAUUGGUCCGAUAAAAAUUAUCAAAAACGUGCAUUGAAAAAAUUGGAAAAGGUAAAAAAACUAAAUGAGAAGUAUGCACACUUGGGCAUUGACUUUUCCAAGGUGCUUAUUGAACCAAAUAAAAUUGUAAAUGACAAUGAUAGUGAGACAAAAUCUACAAAAGUUAAUGAAGAAAACUCCACAGCAAUAACUGGUAAAAGAAAAUCAAAAGGUGCUAUAGGCGAUGCAAAUAAAAAGUCGAAAAAAUCGAAAGAUUUAGAACUACAAGACCUACUAGGCAACACAAUAAAUGAUGAUUCGGAAGACGAAGAUUACGUUGCUUCGUCACAAAGCGGCAAUGAAAGUGCUGAGGAAAAUGAUAGCGACGAUGGAAAUCAUACUGACGGAGUCUCAACAAGCUCAGAUGAAGAAACUUAUGGGUUUACUAACGACUCGGAAGAUGAAGAAAACAGCAGCAAAGCACAGUUACGAAAAAAUACUAAAAAAGGGGCUAUUCCCUUUAGCAAGUCCGUAAAAGGCCCAAAAGUGGAUCCUUUGGAAAAGUUAAUCAAAAGGAAGCCUCUGAGUGGAGCUGUGCAGAAGGCCAAGAAAGCUCUUAAACCAACUGUUUCAAAGAAAACUCAAAAGAGUAUCGCACAAGUAACGGCCGCAAAAGAAAUACUAAAAACGAUGCCUUCAAAAAAAGUGAAAACGGUGGGAUUAAAAUCCAAGUCAUCUAAAACAAAAAAGAUUAGAAAAUAGCUUAUUUUUAACUUGUAUACAUUUUAUUUUCCAUCUAAAUUUAUACAAAUAUUAAUAAUACAUAAAUAUGUUUAAACUGUUAAAUAA